AUGGAUUCCUCCUCUCGCUCCUCCGUCAUCAUCAUCGGCGCUGGCGUCUCCGGUAUAUCUGCGGGAAAGGUAUUGGCGGAGAAUGGAAUAGAGGACAUGGUAAUUUUAGAAGCUUCAGACUGUAUCGGUGGUAGGAUCCGAAAGGAAAAUUUCGGUGGCGUUUCGGUUGAGCUUGGAGCCGGUUGGAUCGCCGGAGUUGGUGGUAAAGUGCCCAACCCUGUUUGGGAACUUGCUUCUCAAUCUGGACUCCGAACUUGUUUCUCUGAUUAUAGCAAUGCUCGCUAUAAUAUCUACGAUCGCAGUGGGAAAAUAUUUCCAAGUGGCGUGGCAGCAGACUCGUACAAGAAGGCGGUGGACUCAGCAAUUGAGAACCUGAAGAGUUUAGAAGCAAACAUUGAUGGUGAAGUUAUUGAACCGCCUUGUUCACCAAAAACGCCAAUAGAGCUUGCCAUUGACUUCAUCCUUCAUGACUUUGAGAUGGCAGAGGUAGAGCCAAUAUCAACAUAUGUAGAUUUUGGAGAAAGAGAGUUUCUAGUAGCAGACGAAAGAGGUUAUGAGCAUUUGCUAUACAAAAUGGCUGAGAAUUUUCUUUUUACCUCUGAGGGCAAAAUCUUGGACAACCGUCUCAAACUCAACAAGAAUCUCAUUUCAGUAGGGGUUGUCAGGGAGUUACAGCACUCGAGAAACGGCGUUGUUGUGAAAACGGAGGAUGGUUGUGUCUACGAAGCCAAUUAUGUGAUUUUGUCAGCUAGCAUUGGUGUUCUACAAAGUGACCUCAUUUCCUUUAGGCCUCCCUUACCUGGGGAACCUACACUUGGUAUAGGGAUAAGGCCCUGGGGAAUGGGGCCCUGGGGGAUAGGAGCAGCAGGAUUCUUCAAUCUUUCUCUUGAUAUUUUAGGGUUUAGUAAAUACCAUGGGUUGCAACCCACAGGCUCACUGAUGGGUUGCUGUUCUUUGGUGGCUCAAUUGGUUGAUUCUCCACGUGCAAGUGAGCAAUUGAGGUGGAAAACAGAGGCCAUAGAGAAAUGUGAUGUGAUGGUAUAUACAAAGAUUUUCCUGAAGUUUCCUUACAAAUUUUGGCCAUGUGGUCCCGGUAAAGAGUUCUUCAUCUAUGCUCACGAGCGGAGGGGAUACUACACCUUUUGGCAGCACAUGGAAAAUGCAUAUCCUGGUUCGAAUAUUUUGGUAGUAACACUGACCAAUGAGGAAUCGAAACGUGUCGAAGCUCAAUCUGACGAGGAGACAUUGGAAGAAGCUAUGGGGGUGCUUAGGGACAUGUUUGGACCCAAUGUACCUAACGCCACAAGUAUACUUGUGCCCCGCUGGUGGAACAACAGAUUCCAGCGUGGCAGCUACAGCAACUAUCCCAUCAUUUCUGAUAAUCAAGAUGUUCAUGAUAUUAAGGCCCCAAUAGGGCGUAUCUUCUUCACUGGUGAACACACUAGCGAACGAUUCAGUGGUUACGUCCAUGGUGGAUAUCUUGCAGGUGAGAAUACGGAGUUUCUUUUGAAAAAUUGUAAUGGAACUCUAUCUGAAAAUGUGGUUUCUGGAUCGUACUUAUUUUCAUGUUUUCCGAUCGACUAA